GUGAAAGUUCUAUGAAUAAACGCUUCUGACAAAUUACCACAUGUUGACUGUGAAGUGCAACUUCUAACUUAAAAAAAAACUUCUGAAUUUUGUCAAUAGUAAAUGGCCAUUGAUAUUAGUGCAAUAACAGUGUGCAAAUUUGUGAUUGGUGACAAACUUAAAUUAUUGUUUUUUUUACUUUGAUUUUAUGCAUUUGUUUAUUUAUUCAAAUGUGCAAAUGGGAAGAAAAAAAAUCUUCACACCAUGAUGUCAGUAACAGUAUUCCACCCUCUCUUGGGGCCGAAGACGUCCUGGUAGCGCCCCUGCUUCACAGCAGCAGCUGGGUGUUGCCCCUCCCCUGCCUCUCCAGCAUCAGCAGCACCUUCCAAGCCGAACGGGUCGAGCUGCGGCUACAGGAGAGGCAGGAGGACAGUAAUGAUGGUGCCCUCCGCUCCGUGAUGGCUGUAGAAGGCAGCGAGGAGACACCACUGACUUAGGGAGCGCCGGUUUGGGAGCAGACGGUGUUUUUUUUGUUUUUGUUUUUUUUGUCAGCACGUCCCUCUCUCUUCGCUGCUUCCAUUCAUGAUGCACCAUUCAUGCGUCCUCAAGAAUGGCAGCCAGUGAGGAGAAAACACGAUCGCCGCCUUUUUGUAGUUCAUCUUUUAUUAGGACACACUUUGAUGGGCCGUCUUUUCAUGUAGGUCAAAGUGAUGGAGAGCCAGACUGUGCCUUCUUCUGAGGGCACAGCUCGAAUGUAGGGCUGCUACAGGAUAAAGGGAAGCAAAUCAAAAAGACACCCUGCCCCCCUCCCUCCCUCCCUCCCUCUCUCCCCUCCUCUGACGCACCUGGUCGCCCCUGUCUCCACCUGACAUGACAGCGCGGAGCGGAGAGCGCAGCAGCAGCAUCCAGUGCCACCGACGUGCGGCUGGACGUUUGGAUUUGACGCGGAGGAGUGGAGGCAAGGUGGAGGAGAAGGAGCAGCAGCAGCAGGAGCAGCUCAGAGGAGGUGGAAUUACAGUUUCUGGGGACGAGCGCCAAGGGCAGUGCGGCAGUCAGCAGGCAGACCGGGGGGAGGAGGCUGCAGAGAUGUGUGAUCCUUCCCUCCUGUAGUCCCUACUGCGCUCUCACCUCCUCACCAUCCCACCCUGAACAUAAUGGAUGGCUGUUUUUCUGUUUGAUCAGUAGUGACUGGGAUGGCUCCUAUCUUUGUCUCCUCCUCACCCCUUCUCCAACACUCACCGUGAUGAUGGGCAAGUAAAAGAUUAGAUCUGCUCUUCCAGCAAGGGUGGAACCCGAAGGGCGACCGAUGUGCAUACUGGCCAGGUAUCAUUUGUUCCCUUCUUUUCUUGUUUUGCUCCCUUUGCUCGUCGCCUGCACUAUGGGCUGUAUUCAGAGCAUUGCAUGCAAGCCCCGCAUCAGACGGGAGAACAUCGUGGUGUACGAGGUGUCAGCCUCUAUUGAUCAGUGUCCCACCAUCAUUGAGGAGAACUCACCCAUCGUCCUCCGUUACAAGACGCCUUACUUCAGGGCCUCAGCUGGGGUCGUGAUGCCGCCGGUGCCCCGUAAUGAGACCUGGGUGGUGGGCUGGAUCCAGGCUUGUACCCAGAUGGAGUUUUUCAACACAUAUGGUGACAUUGGAAUGUCCAGCUGGGAGAUACCAGAGCUGCGCGAGGGUCGAGUCAAGGCCAUUAGUGACUCCGAUGGUGUCAGCUAUCCCUGGUACGGCAACACCACAGAGACCGUCACUCUAACGGGCCCUACCUCCAAACCGUCCCGCCUGACUGUCAGCAUGAAUGACAACUUUUACCCCAGCGUGACCUGGGCGGUCCCCAUCAGCAACAGCAACACGCCCAUGCUGACCCACAUCACCAGGGACCAGAGCUUCAUCACCUGGCUAGUGGCGAUGAACUCUGUGACCAAGGAGCGUAUUGUGUUGCAGACGGUCCGGUGGCGGAUGCGGGUGGACAUAGCCGUGGAUCCAGACAUGCCUCUGGGCUCUCGGGCUUCACUCAUAGGUCGUUCCUACCAGGAGCAGCCGCACAUCCUUAACUACCAGGAGCCCAUUCCUCCCAACGCGCUGGGGAGGCCGAACGCCAAUGACGCCCAAGUGCUAAUGUGGAGGCCACGAAGAGGGGCGCCACUAGUAGUCAUACCAGCCAAAUAAAAAGGCAGGACACAGAGAAACUUCAAAUGGUUCCUUUCUGCGGAAAAGGGAUGAUUACGUUUGAUGAAGUUGCGAAUCGUAUCGAAGAGAGAACAGACAGUUUUCCCGCGAUGAAGACACUGUUGGAUCUUUCUCUCUAUGAGUCGUAAAUGGAUCAAUAAAACGCAGCACAGUGGAUGGUAAAUGCUGAAUUGGACAUAGAAGAGUGUCUGGGAGAAAGGUCUGCAGUAAACAAGUGUCAUCAACCUUGAGUCGCUUCAAGGAUUUUUUUCAAGUCCCUGUUGCCGCUGAACUGCAAGAAAAACGUUAUGCCUGCUUUUUAGUAAGAUUGAACACUGUUUUCAGGACUACCAUGGAGGUAUUAGUCUGCAGCCAGAACUGCAUCCUGCAUCCUAACAUAGAUCUUAUUGCAUGAGAGAUGGAAAGAAAAAUGUUUUUGAGAAGUUUUUUUUUUUUUUUUUACAAAUGACAGUAAGAAUGAUCAAAUAUUAAUUUUCUUUGGGAAAGUGAGCCAAAUCUUAAAUCUUGUAAGCACCAAAAGCAUCUUCAGAACAUCCAGUUACAACAUUAAGUGAUGUAUUACUUGAGUAAGAUUUAUGAGUCCUUUUAGGUUGAAAUACUGACAUGCAUUACAUCCAAAGAUUGUUUUAAGACUUAAACAGAUCUGCUGUAGUUGCCAUUGGUCUGUUUUGGGAACACACCAAUCUUAUGCACAAAACAUUUUCAUGCCUCUAUAGUGCAGCUGAUAUUGUAUCCAGAUGGAUUAUGAACCAACAAAAAAGACGAGCUUCACUUGCUUCCAAAUUAAAUGAUUUUUUAAAAAAAAA